GGAAAAGAGAAGGCAAAGGAUUCUCGAAACUGGCCUGGCAAAAGGUGACAAACUUACAUUCACAAGGGGGGCUGAACAUCACGGAUCCAGCAAGCUACAAUCUGGCAAUGCUGGGCAAGUGGAUUACCCGGGUGGCCACGAUGGAAGACGAAAGGGAGUGGGUGGUUCUGGCAGGAUAUAUCCUCAAGAACGAUUGGGGGCUGACCAGGGAGGAAGAUGUAUGGAUCUGCGUUCAUAUGGAUUCCUACCUCCGUAGAGGCUCAUCUUCCCAGGUUUGGUCAGGAAUACUGAGGGCAUGGCGCAAACUGAAACCGGAACAGGUGAUUGUAGACUCUAAAACUACAGUGCUGAGACAGAACCUCUUCGACAAUGUCAGGAUACGGGAUCUGGCAGGAGACCCCCUUCAAGCCACCAAUGCAAAGGGAUGCUAUGGAAGAAAAUGGAUUGAGCGAGGGGUGGUGACGAUUGGGGAUAUAUGGGACAAAGAUAAGAACCAAUGGAAGGAGGAAACACAAUUGAGGGAAAAGUUGGGAAGAUUACGUAUGGUGGGACCGAGACUGGGGGAUCUGGUGGAAGCAAUCCCAGACGAAUGGAAAGCAAUGCUGCAACAGGGGGGAGUAAAAGAGGGCACAUGGUACCGGAUAACACAGGAGGAAGGGCAGAUCAAUCGGUUUGGCCGGGUAAUCUCGGAGGAAGAGGAUAUGGUGAUAGUGGAAGAGUGGACAAGAAGGGAAGAAGGGGAGAGUCUCAUCUCAUAUGAACAGACGACUGCACGGAGCGUAGAAGACUUACGGGAACAAGUAAGAGUCGAACUCCCGCCAAAAUGGAAAAGAGGAAAGCCGACUCUCCUGCUAUGCGGGGGCAGAGGUGUAGAAGAAAUGCGUAUGGACCCACAGGGGAGAAAAUGGAGGAGAAAUCCACAGUCAAGGGAAGCACCUACCCAGGCAUCUUACGCGCCAAAAUUUGGAGUAAGCCACUUAAGGAAACCGCUGGAUGCAGAGAACCGAACCUGGCAGAAACUGAAGAUCUCCUUGGACCUGCCUGAAGGGGCGCAGGAGAGUCACCUCAGAGAGCUCUGGGACCAGCUGCAAUUGCUACCAGCAAGGAAGCAAGCAGGUCUACUGUGGAUGCUUUCACGAGGAAUCGUCCCCGCAACUAACUGGCUGUGGGAACGAGGAAUGGAAGUGGAGACUCUAUGCCAACAGUGCGGAGGGGAGAUGGAAACGGCACGGCACAUCUUUGUGGAGUGCACAGUAGCACAGCAACUCUGGGAGUGGUGGAGGACACAAUGGCAGAAAUGGACCAAUGGAGUACUACCCUGGGACGAGACAUGGAUUUUGACAGGCCGGCUACCGGCAUCACUCAUCAGUGGGAAGGGAUGGGGCUAUUUAGCCCAGGUAGCAAGAGCGAUUCUCCUCUGGGUUCUGUGGCAGGGCCGCAAUGCCAGAGUCUUUAGGGAAGAAGAGGUAUCCUUGCAACAUCGCCAAUUUCAAGUACGUUCCCAACUACGCACAGCGGUCAUGGUGGACUGGGCCCGCAAGGUUAUGCUUCUCGCCCUUGCUACUCUCCCCAACAGGGCAUGGAGAGCGCUUUAGCUCUCCUCCUUGAUGAGGACAACUAGAAAUGGUACAGGCGCAGGUGGCUGUGGUGGCUACAAUAUAAGAACCAAUAAAGUUCAAAGAGCAAG